GGACAGGCAGCUCGCACAGUCACUGACAGAAACCCGCGGCGGAGAAACUUUGGGGACUGCUGAAUGACAAGUGUUUGUUGUGGGUUUUUUUUUUUCUUUUAGGAGGAAUGAAUCUCCUUUCUCUUGGCGUUGUUUGUACCAUAACCGGUUUUGAGGAGGCGGCGAGGCUCGGCGGAGCCACACGGAUGGGAACAUACAGCAGCAGCAGCGCCAAACUCACAAUGCGCCCUGAGUGAACACAGGCAAGGAGACAAUACAGAUCCGCGGAGAGACUCAGAAAUCUGCACUCUUACACCGGGCUUCUCUUUUUCAGAACUACUUCAAGAGUUGCAUAUCUCCCUAGACAAUUGAUUUACUGUUUAAUUUGAUACAAAAUUGACUUCUCUACGUGGGCAAGUGGUUGGAUCACCAAACUCAGCCAUGACGUCUCCGGCCAAAUUCCGAAAGGACAAGGAGAUUGUGGCCGAAUAUGAAACUCAAGUUAAAGAGAUCCGUGCCCAGCUGGUGGAGCAGCUCAAGUGUCUGGACCAGCAGUGUGAGCUGCGGGUGCAGCUGCUUCAGGACCUGCAGGACUUCUUCAGGAAGAAGGCAGAGAUUGAGAUGGACUACAGCCGCAACCUGGAGAAGCUGGCUGAGAGGUUCCUCACCAAGACACGCAGCACCAAGGACCACCUGCUCAAGAAGGAGCAGAGUGUUUUAUCUCCAGUGAACUGCUGGAACCUGUUACUGGUUCAGGUGAAGAGGGAGAGCCGUGACCACGCCACUCUGUCCGACCUCUACCUCAACAACAUCAUUCCUCGCUUUGCACAGGUCAGCGAAGACUCGGGACGCCUCUUCAAGAAGAGCAAAGAAGUUGGCGUCCAGCUGCAAGAGGAUCUGAUGAAAGUUCUAAAUGAGCUUUACACGGUGAUGAAGACAUACCACAUGUACAACACUGAUAGCAUCAAUGCCGAGUCCAAGCUGAAGGAGGCAGAGAAGCAGGAGGAGAAGCAGAUGGGGCGCUCCAGUCGGCAGGACGACCGACAGACACCGCGCUCCCCGGACACCCUGGCCAGUGUCAAGACGGAGGAGAAACAUGUCAGACGCUCCAGUGUCAAGAAAAUCGAAAAGAUGAAGGAGAAGAGGCAAGCUAAGUAUACAGAGAACAAGCUGAAGGCCAUCAAGGCCAGGAAUGAGUACCUGCUGGCUCUGGAGGCCACCAACAGCUGCGUCUUCAAAUAUUACAUCCACGACCUCUCCGACAUCAUCGACUGCUGUGAUCUGGGCUACCACGCCAGCCUGCACCGCGCCUUGAGGACCUACUUAUCUGCAGAGCUGAACGUAGAGACGUCCAAACACACAGGCCUGGAGACAUUGGAGGGAGCUGCAGAGAGUCUGGAGCCCAAUGGGGACAAACAGAAACUGAUGGAGACCUACAACAAUGUCUUCUGCCCUCCUGUCCGCUUCGACUUCCAGUCCCACAUGGGAGACACGAUGGGUGUGAUGUGUGCCCAGCAGCCUUUGGAAGGCGAGCUGCUCCAGCGGUGCCAGCAGCUCCAGUCCCGUCUCUCCACCCUCAAGAUCGAAAAUGAAGAGGUGAAGAAGACCAUGGAGGCCACUCUGUCCACCAUCCAAGACAUGGUGACGGUGGAGGACUACGACGUCUCCGAGUGCUUCCACCACAGCAACAGCAUGGAGUCUGUCAAGUCCACUGUCAGCGAAUCCUAUCUCAGCAAACCCAGCCUGGCCAAGCGGCGGGCCAAUCAGCAGGAGACGGAGCAGUUCUACUUCACGAAACUGAAGGAGUUUCUGGAAGGCAGGAACCUGAUCACCAAGCUGGAGGCCAAACAUGACCUCAUCCAGAAGACCCUGGGAGAGAGUCAGAAGACUGACUGUUGCCUUGCCAGUGGACGAAGAAACUCUGCAGUACGGAAACAGGACUCGGGUCAGGGCAUUCCUCUGAUGGUAGAGAGCUGCAUCCGCUUUAUCAGUCGCCAUGGUCUGCAGCAUGAGGGCAUCUUCAGAGUGUCAGGUUCCCAGGUGGAAGUCAAUGACAUCAAGAAUGCUUUCGAGAGAGGCGAAGACCCACUGGCAGGAGACCAGAAUGACCACGACAUGGACUCUAUUGCUGGCGUCCUCAAGCUCUAUUUUAGAGGACUGGACCAUGCCCUCUUCCCUAAGGAAGUCUUCCACGACCUCAUAUCCUGUGUCUCGAUGGAGAGCCUCCAGGAGAGGGCAGUCCACAUUAAGAAAGUUCUGCAGUCCCUGCCAAGCAAAACUCUCAUCAUCAUGAGAUACCUGUUUGCCUUCCUCAACCACCUGUCCCAGUACAGCGAGGAGAACAUGAUGGACCCCUACAACCUGGCCAUCUGUUUCGGCCCCACCCUCAUGUCGGUUCCCGAGGGCCACGACCAGGUCUCCUGCCAGGCCCACGUCAAUGAGCUCAUCAAGACCAUCAUCAUCCACCACGACACCAUCUUCCCCGGCCCGGAGGACCUGCAGGGCCCCGUCUACACCAUCCCUGGAACAGGAGAUGACUUCUGUGACAGCCCUCACUGUGAGCCCCCCCUAGUGGAAGAGCCUGCGCCUGACACCGUCUCUGUCAGCCACAUCAGCGAUGAUGGCUCCUUGGCUGUUUCAGAGUCUGACCCAAUCGAAGCCAUCGCCCGGUUCGACUACUCUGGCCGGACCAAUCGGGAGUUGUCGUUUAAGAAGGGCGCUUCUCUCCUCCUGUACCAGCGAGCCUCUGAUGACUGGUGGGAGGGACGACACAAUGGAGUGGAUGGACUGGUGCCGCAUCAGUAUAUUGUGGUCCAAGACAUGGCUGAUGGGGGCCGGGGCAGUCCGAAACCUGAUGUGGAUUCCAGGGACAUACUGGAGGAAAGAGUGUCCACUAGGGGCAGUGCUGCCUCUCCUACUGGAGCCCAUGUGGCUGACAUCUACCUAGCUAACCUGAACAAGAUGAGGAAGCGUCCAGAGUCCGGCAGCAUCCGAAGAACGUUCCGGGGCUCAGAGAGUGAAAGCACAAGUCCCGGAGCCAGUGGAGGUGGAGGGGGGAUGAGAACAGCCUCUCUUCCUGUUGGGGGGGCCCUGCUGAAAGAGACCGGAGACAAACGACCUGUCAGCUCUCACAGCAUUCUGAACUCAGUCACUCGCCACUCGUCACUUAAGACCAAGGUGGAGAGUCCACAGUUACGCAAGACAACCACAGCAGGGCGCUCAAAGAGCUUCAGCAACCAUAGACCACUGGACCCUGAGGUCAUAGCCCAGGUGGAGCCCAGCUCACAGGACAUUGAGGCAGCAAUGAGCUCUGCCCUGAGUGAGCUGAGGGAGCUGGAGAGACAGAGUACCUCUAAACACACACACGCACCUGACGUUGUCUUGGACACGCUGGAGCAGCUGAAAGGUGUGUGUGGUGGUGGUAGUGGAGGAGGAGGAGGGGGAGCUUCAGAGCCCUCCAGUCCACUCCACUCCCGUCUACUGCGGGAUAAUGAGGGAGGCUCCGCGCACACCCACCCACUUCAACGCAGUGCCUCCUCCGCCAGUGACGUGCCAUCUUCCUUCCGGCCCGCCAAGAGCCAGCCGCGGAGCCCGCUGCCCUCUGCCACCUCUCCUUCUCUCUCCUCCUCCUCCCUCUCCUCCUCUGUACCCUCCUUCAGAGAAUCACGCCCCCCAGCCACCAGGCCCAAGCCAGUGGUGUUCCCAAAGAGUGGAGGGAGUGGCAGCCCUGCCAUGGGCUCUCCGACUUCCACCGUACCCCCCACACCGCCUCCUCCACCUUCAGCCCACACACACUCUCUCCCACACACCCCUCCUCCUCCACCCCCGCCCCAGUCCAAUGACAAGUCCUGUCCAGCUUAGGACCCCCUCACCAACACCACCCCAGCCCGAAUCUCAACACCUGAACUGAUCUUUGCAUCCUGUUAGAUUCACCAAGCUCUUUCCUCAGGUGCUGAAAGCACUUCUUGUUUCACAUUGGACCACUUAACCCGAUUCCCAUGUGUAGCAUUCACUUUUCAGUGUCCAUACAAGUUCUUUGACCGCCUGUUCCCUUUAGACUGUUUGGAGACUUCUCUGCCCCCUUCUGGCAGCUCUGGUCACCACAGAUCCACUAUCAUAGAGCCUACAUUAGCAAGCUUUUCACAAAAAUGCCCUGUCUUCUCCUUUCACCCCCUCCCCUGUCUUCUUCCCUCCUUAUGCCACCUCACAGACUCCAGGAGUCACUGGAUGCAAGCCCACACACAAGGGAACAGGACUCAGGAUGGACACAUAAAGACCUACAGCGCCUGGAGCCUACAUACAUUAGUUUGUGAUGCUUGAGAGUGUGUUUGUGUGGGCGUGCAAGAGUGUUACUUACUAUUACACACAGAUCUGAGUGAGCAACAAAGAGCACUGUUUGAUUUUAUAUAGUAGAUGGGACGGUUUCUUUUUGUGACCCCUUGACUACAGGACUGGAAUGGAGUGUUUUAUUCCUGAGAAUAGACUGUGAAAUGCUAAGCUCUCUUAAUCUCUCUGUACAAACUCAACACACUGACUCGCUGCUUCAAAAGGUGAAGACUGGAGAGAAAAGGAUGGACGUUGUCGAAUGGAGGAAAAGAAGGAAGAGGCAAAGACUAACGAAACUGGGCCAAAUAUCAGUGUAACUCAUGUGAUUAAGAGCUUUCAUCUUCUCUCUUCCUCCAGUCUUCUCUAGCUUACUGAACAUGAUGGUGAUUCUUUUAAUUAACUGCUCACUACCUGCACCGCAACAGGAGCAAAAUGAGGUGUUCUCCAAUACCUAACAGUAAUUCUGAACCCAUAGCAAUAAAAAUAAUAAAAGCUGGCAGUUUGAGGCAUUAUGCUGCUUCUCUCCAACAGCUCCAUUAGUGUGUAGGGGACCAUUGAAACCCAGCAUUUUAAUAUGUAAUGUUGGAAUGUACACACACACAUAUUCCCCUAAGCUGUGUGUGUUGGUGUUCUGUGGCAGCUAAACGCCUUUCAGGUUUUCCUUGCAUGCUGGGGCUGCAGACAGCAGCCAUAGUGGCAAGCUGGCUGAUUGCAUCAGUGUAUUUAUCUAUCAAGAGGUCAAAUCCAGAUGUAGGACACUUAGAACAAAGUUAUAGCUUGCUCCUCUAUCUAUAUACUUCUGACUUAACAGCAAAAAAGGGUUUUAUUAUUCUAAUGGUGUGUAUGUAUGUUUAAUAAUCAUGAUAUCAUGAUAACUGGAAGCAUGGAGCUGAGGAUCUUCCUGAGUGUGUUUAGACAGAAGCACAACCAACCGCCUCAUCCAAUGCGUUCUUAAUCAAAGACUGCUUUUGUUAUGACUUGUUUUCCAGUUGUUUAUUAAUGCUCAGAAUCUAUAAUGGUAAACUGUUGAAUUGUGUAGCCGUCUGGGUGUGUGCAAGUGUGUGCACCUGUGUGAGCUUGCAUGAAUGUAUGGGUAAGUAUGCAUGCAUGGGUCAGUGGGUGUUUGUGUGUGUGUGUGCACGUUCACACCCAGUUGUGACCCCCUCACCCCCUCUUGUAGCUAACACAUAUUAGGGUAUACCUCUAAUCAUAAAGGGAAGCACCCAGCAGCAGUCUGUCUGGAGGCAGGGGCACACAGGAAGUAAGAACACAGCACUUCCACAUCUGUGGAGCCAUUUGUACAUGUGAGCAGAUAAAUUACCAGCAGGGAUAGCUUCCAUGCCCCCUCGUCUCCAGUCACUGCUUUAUCAACACCAAACUAAAGAGGAAGAACCCCCAAAUCCAGGGAAGUAAACCACAUGAGCUCAGAGAAAACCAUAGAGGAGAAUUUAGUUUAACAAGAUUUUAUCUUGUAUCAUCUUCUGUCUGAUCUCUCCUCCAGACACAGGCACAGCUAGAUCUGAUAAUGAAUUCAUUCAUGUAAACAAGUGGACGAAUAUUUGAUUAUUUAACACAUGGCUUCAGACAUAGACACAUGCCUUGCUACUUAAGCUUAAUGAGGCCUUCCUGGUAAUAUUUUUUUUUUACCCAGGUCAAUCCUCAUAUUCCUCUCUAUCCACAUUGUACCUUGAGCCGUUUUCUCUUUCCUGCAUUCCUCUUUUCCCCUUUCCGAGGUGAACAUACUUCAUUCCUGUAUGCUCUCUACCAGGUAAUGGAUUAUAAUUGUUACAGUUUUUAUAUCUCUGCAUACUGUAUGUGUAUUACCUGAUGUAUUUGUGUUGCUCUUACCUCAUCGUGACAACUGGAGGGACUGUGUUUGCGUGUAUGUGUGUGAGUGUGUGUGCUUUGUGGUGAGUGACUAAGUGCCGAGAUGUAAACUCACCUAACAGACACACACAUUUACAAACACAGACAUGCAUGUGGGUGGUUGGUGUGUUUGGUCCCAGCUGUGCUGUGAAGGAGCUGGGACCCUCUGGUCUCCAUGCCACCUCUCAGUUUGAUCUCAAAUCAAUCAUCGUGCACUUGAACAACUUGGAUUGUGUGUGGACUGACUGAGUGAGGAUGAUUUGUCAGAACUUAAUAUUGUUGAAUAUGCAUUUUUGUGUCCAUUUGAAAACAGCAGAACUAAAAAAAAAAAAAAGACUGUAAUGUCAAAUCUAUUUAUAGUUGUCUCUGUAUUACUGGAGAAUCCUGUGUUCAGA